AUGUGCUUCGGCCUCAGCUCUUCUAAACCCGCGAAGCCCGGGCUUUUCCCACCUCGCCGCAGCCAAUACGGAGACAACUACAAUCAGUAUCUUCGCGACUACGAUAAAUACCAGAAAUCCAAAAAGGAAUAUGCGGAGUGGAACCAGAUGGGUAAUCGCAAGGGUAAUCGCAACCGCAUGGCGAAUGGGAAUAUCGCUACCUUUGGUGCUGGUGUUGCGGUUGCGGGUGGUGGUGGGGCGUGA